UUAGGGGGCGGGAGCCGCGGCCCUGGCGCCGUCCGGUUUGGCUGGGCCGAGAGGGCGCUUGAGGAGAAGCGAGAGGAAGAGGAGGACGCCGCCACUUCCUCCUCGCCUCUCCCCGGGUGGCUGCUCCCCUCCCCGGCUCCGUCCUUCUUCCUCUCCCGCUCCGGAAAGGCCCUCAUGGCUCCUCAGAAGCACGGAGGAGGAGGAGGCGGCAGCGGCGCGGGGCCCAGCUCUGGCGCCCCGAAUGGCGGCGCGGGAGGAGGCGCCGUCGCGGCCGCCAAUGCCACCGCCAUCGCCGCCACUGGAGGGGGGUUCGGCGGAUCCACCUCUGCAGCGGCGCCGGGCGGGAAGUCUGGGGGCGCCGCCGCCGUCGCCGGAGGAGGAGGAGGAGGAGGAGGAAGCGGAGGCGGCGGCUAUUCUGGCGGCGGCGGAGGAGGAGGAGGAGGGGGCUCCUCGGCGUCUUCUGCCGCUGCCGCCUCGGCCGCGGCCCUGCCUCCGGUGAAGAGGCCGAAGAUGGAGCAGAUCCAGGCCGACCACGAGCUCUUCCUGCAGGCCUUCGAGAAGCCAACACAAAUAUAUAGAUUUCUACGUACCCGCAAUCUUAUAGCUCCAAUAUUCUUGCACAGAACUCUCACUUACAUGUCCCACAGAAACUCCCGAACAAAUAUCAAAAGGAAAACUUUCAGAGUAGACGGGAUGCUGACGAAAGUAGAGAAAACAAAGGGAGAACACGACUUGCAAAGUUUGUCUGCUCAUCUACAACUCACCUUUACUGGUUUCUUCCAUAAAAAUGAUAAGCCAUUGCAAAAUUCAGAAAAUGAACAAAGUUCUGUAAACCUGGAAGUACUGCUUGUAAAAGUCUGCCACAAGAAACGAAAGGAUGUUAGUUGUCCCAUAAGGCAAGUACCCACUGGUAAAAAGCAAGUACCUUUGAAUCCAGAUCUCAACCAAAUGAAACCAGGCAACUUUCCAUCACUUGCAGUUUCCAGCAAUGAAUUUGAACCUAGUAACAGCCAUAUGGUGAAGUCCUACUCAUUAUUAUUCAGAGUAACUCGUCCAGGAAGAAGAGAAUUUAAUGGGAUGAUAAAUGGUGAAACAAAUGAAAACAUUGAUGUUAAUGAGGAGCUUCCAGCUAGACGAAAACGCAAUUCUUCCAACCGUGAAGAUGGAGAAAAGACUUUUGUAGCACAGAUGACUGUGUUUGAUAAAAACAGACGACUACAGCUUCUUGAUGGGGAAUAUGAAGUAGCCAUGCAGGAGAUGGACGAGUGUCCAAUCAGCAAGAAAAGAGCUACAUGGGAGACAAUACUUGAUGGGAAGAGGCUGCCUCCAUUUGAAACAUUUUCUCAGGGACCCACGCUGCAGUUUACUCUUCGCUGGUCAGGAGAGGCAAAUGAUAAACCUGCAGCUCCUACUGCCAAGCCUCUUUCAACACGCAAUUCAGAAAGCCUCCCUCAAGAAAACAAACCCAGUUCUGUCAAACCUACACAGACUAUAGCUGUGAAAGAAACGUUGCCAUCAGACCUACAAACAAGAAAAGACAGAGAUGUUUCAAAUGAGCCUCGACAAAAGCUAAGAAUAUUUUAUCAGUUCCUUUAUAACAAUAACACAAGGCAGCAGACGGAAGCUAGAGAUGACUUGCAUUGUCCAUGGUGCACACUGAAUUGCCGCAAGCUUUACAGCUUACUCAAACAUCUCAAGCUUUGUCACAGCCGGUUCAUUUUCAAUUAUGUGUAUCAUCCAAAAGGUGCUAGGAUAGAUGUUUCGAUCAAUGAGUGUUAUGAUGGCUCCUAUGCAGGAAAUCCUCAGGAUAUUCAUCGUCAGCCUGGGUUUGCCUUCAGUCGUAAUGGACCAGUCAAAAGAACUCCAAUUACUCACAUCCUUGUAUGCAGACCAAAGCGUACAAAAGCAAGCAUGUCUGAAUUUCUUGAAUCUGAAGAUGGAGAAGUAGAACAGCAACGGACAUAUAGCAGUGGUCAUAAUCGGUUAUACUUUCACAGUGAUACCUGCCUACCUCUCCGCCCACAAGAAAUGGAAGUUGAUAGUGAAGAUGAAAAGGAUCCUGAAUGGCUAAGGGAGAAAACUAUAACGCAAAUUGAAGAGUUUUCUGAUGUUAAUGAAGGAGAAAAAGAAGUGAUGAAAUUAUGGAAUCUACAUGUCAUGAAGCAUGGGUUUAUUGCUGACAAUCAAAUGAAUCAUGCCUGUAUGUUGUUUGUAGAAAAUUAUGGACACAAAAUAAUUAAGAAGAACUUGUGUCGAAACUUCAUGCUCCAUCUGGUCAGCAUGCAUGACUUUAAUCUUAUAAGCAUAAUGUCAAUUGACAAAGCUGUUACUAAGCUCCGAGAAAUGCAACAGAAGUUAGAAAAGGGGGAGUCCCCUACUACCACAUCAGUUGAGGAGUUUUCUGAAGAACAAACUGAGACAGCUAAUGGCUGCAGUGAAGCUAACACUAGGGAAAGAUCUUCAGAAAUGGAUAGUACCUCAUGCUUGACAAAACAGAAUAGAAAACAGAAGAUUUGAAAAGGAAGAGCAAAGGUUAUUGUUUGGCCAGAUACUGAAGUGACAUUCAAAGAAGCAUGAACUCUAAAAGGAAUGGAAUAAGAUACACAGGUUCCUAAUGGGCACUGCUGGAAACAAAGGAUUUCAACAAGCAUAGUGUUAAUGUGGUUCCUAUUGAGUUAAUUAUGCAAGUACUACAUGUAUAUCAGUUCUAGUGAUGUAAUGACAAUACUCAAAGUUUGAGCAUGAAGAGCAAUACAAUUUUUGGGAAUUUUAAUUAUGAAUUGUACUGAAUUUACAUAACUUGAGUAUAUGUAAACCAGUUUUUAUAUAAAGAUUUUUUGCAUCUGUACUGGCUGUCUUUCCUACUGUGGAGUUAAAAAUUAGGGAAGGAUAUGGGGACAGUUUAUGCUUUGUAUUUAGAAAUUCUUUAGGUUAACUUUUUGUGGGAAAUAAUGUACCAUUUAAAGCUUAACUUUAUCUUCUUUUCUUUUUUUUUUAAUUUGUAUUAAUAACAGUCAAACUACCAAUUGAAAUUUUUAAACACAUUUUUAAACCUUCAGCUGUAACAUAGCACUUCUUUGUCUCGUGCCUGUUUGGGGGGAAUCGGUUGCUUUUCUCAUUAAAAACUUAGGGAAGUUCUAUCUUCAUUGUUAUAGUGACCUAGUAGAACAUGUAGAUAACUGAUCAGCUGGUGUACUAGAUCAAACCUUUAACCUUCUUAAGCAGAACUGUCUAGGGUUAUAUAAAUGGCAUACUGUGUUAACAUCUACAGGCUGUGAUAAGCAGUGCCUGGAUCUGUGCCUAUUUUUGCUUAUGUACAGAUUGCAAGAUCAAAGCAUCGACUUGGGAUUUGGAUGCUACUGUUGAGGGGGAAAUGCACUGUAAAAUUGGGCCCAAAAAUGUGUUGCACUUCUUAUGCAAGUAUUCUGUGAUGUAUUGCAUUCAAUACAGAUGCUAACUAAAUAGUCUUGUGCAGUCUUGCACUGCUGUUAACACAUUUAAGCAUAUGUUUACAGAUUUUCUUUUUUCCCAUGGAAAGUAGUUUCACUACUGGUACAAUAUCAGCACCAAGGGUUUAUUUCAGCAAGCACUGUGGUUGAGUUACAUCACCUCAUUUUUUUAUUCUUAAAUAGUUCAUUUUUCAUAUUCUUUAUUUAUAAAGGAUCAAUUCUGUAAAUACCAGUAUUUCUAAUUUUUUAUUUCAUUCCAGCACCAUAAGAAGGCAGUUCCUUUUUGGGGCGGGGUGUAGGAGGGGGAGAAGCUUUCUAAUGGGGAUGCUCAGAAAUUUAUAAAACUGUAAAUAUGACUUUGGUCCCUAAAGAUGUGUUUAACUGUGAGACUAUUUAACUAAUUGUGUGGAUGUGAUUUGUCAUCCAGUAUUAAGUUCUUAGUCACGGAUUUGUGUCAAUAGGAAAGAGGGAAACUACAGCUUUCAUUAGACUGCCUAAUUUGCCUGCUCUGAGUUAUAGCAAACUCUGAACACACCUUUGAUAGCUGGUCAAGCAUUUCUCUUGGGCUUUAAUUUGCUAAAACUGUGCACAUAUGUAAAGAAUAUAUUUUAGGAGAGACAUAAUAGAACUAUUGCUUAUGUCACUUCUUAAGCAGUUACACUCUUAAUGCUUAAAAGGAGGCUAGCAUUGUUUGCACAAAAAGUUGGUGACCCCCCCCCCCCAAAAUAGUAAUGAAAUUACUUCUGUCAAGUAAACUUUGUAUGUCACGUCCAUUUAUAAUAAGAGCAGAGAAUCCCUUUGUUUCUAUUUAUAAUAAAGAUGGAUUUUCUAUAUGUACCCUUAAGACUUUGAAGAAAUCAUGUAAACUGGUUGAACAUUUGAAUGGUACAGUAGAUAUAAAAAGACAAUUGUUUAAUGGAUCUUUUUGUUUUUACAUUAAAUGUUUAUUUGAAAUUGGAUUUUGUACAUAAAGUUCAGUAAUAUAAAAUU